AUGACGAGGCACUCGUACGCCUCAACAGAGCGUGCCACCAACAAGAGACCCACCGAUGUUUCGCCAGCGGACGUACCACCUGCUGCUCCUCGUACUAUUGACUCCCUGAGAAAUCAAGUCGCAGAAGAAAUUUCUCUAAAGGCCCUUCGCAAGGUCGAACAUGUAGAUGGCGUAAAAAUCGUCGUACUCGUCACCUCCGCCGGCCGCGGCGACAUCAACUUCCUCCACCACGUCUCCGACUCCAUCGAAUCCCGCUGGUAUCUCUCCACCGAGCCCUACCUCUUUAUCGUCGCUGCCGCCCCACCUGUCCGCCCCGACACCCCCACCACCUCCCCCCUCGUCCUCUGCGCCUCGAAAGAAUUCCUCCUCGCCCGGGCCUCCCUCCUUGCCGGCGCCAAGCUUAUCGGCCGCGUCACCGGCGCGCGUCACGGCAACCGCUGGCUCGCCUCCGUGCGCGACGCAGGCGCUGCGUUCGACGAGGAGGCGCUGUGGGACGUGGUCAGGAAGGCGGCCAGGGCGCCGGUGGACUCGAAGAGCCCGCCGCCGGGAUCGAUGGGGAUAGCUGAGAAGGUGGCGGCGGCGAGGGCGAAGCUGGAGCGCGUGCCGCCGGGGCAUGCGCUGGCUGAGUUGCAUGCAGCGAAGGUGGACGCCCCGACGUUAUUGGUGGAUAUCAGGACCCAGGAAGAAAGGGAGGCAGGCGGAAUCGUGCCGGGCGCGCUCGCCAUCAACCGGGUUGAGCUCGAGUGGAGAUUCGAUCCGCGGAGCGAGCGGAGGCUGUCGUUGGCGGACCGUUACGACCUGCGUGUUCUGCUGAUGAGCUGGGAUGGUGAUGCGAGCAGCCUUGCUGCGGUAUCGCUCCAGGAGUUGGGCUUGCUCAAUGCAACGGAUGUUAUCGGAGGCUUCGAGGCGUGGGCUCAGGCCGGUCUGCCGGUCGAAGGAGGUGUGGGGACGGAGAGCGUAAGCGAGACGACCGCCUCGAGCUCCUGGGUGCGGAUUCAGUGA